UGCAAUCUCAAUCGUCUCUUGUCCCUCACGACUCCGUCCUUUCUUACAAUAUGCCCGCCCCCGCUAGUGCCCACGCCAAUGGUCAGGCGCAGCAGCAGGUUAGCAUUGCGGCAACGACGGGUGAACAGUAGCUGCGCAUCCCACUGACCUCUGCUCGUGCCGAUCUACCUUGAUCUCCCCCACUCGCUCGCAGCGUCACGCUUCGCACGCCUCCUUCACCCAACCCUACGCCGUCUCAGCUCGAUUCGCGGCUGCGCGAGCAGAACGCGAAGCUCAAGCAGCAGGAGCGUCCGCCCUCCUCCAGCACCAGCAGCAACGCAACUCAUCGACCUCCAAAGGCCCAGCAUUCACUGAAGCUCGCGAUGUCAAGCUCCUCUGCCCCAACUGCCGUACUGACCCGCCAGAGCUGCGCGAGGAGUACUCCUCAGGAGACCUAGUUUGCGGGGAAUGCGGGAUGGUCUUGGGCGAUCGCAUUGUCGACACGAGGAGCGAGUGGCGUACAUUCGCCAACGAAGAGGGAGACGAUCCUUCUCGUGUGGGGCAAGCGGCCAAUCCCAUUCUAGACGGGUUGACCGAAUCCCUCGAAACGAGGAUCUCGGGACGUGACGGGCACAGCGGGGUGGCUGCGGCCCUUCAGAGGGCGAAUGGGCGCACGGCAGGCAACUCAAAUCGGGCAAUCCUGGACGGUUUUGAGGCAAUCCAGAACAAGGCAGACCGCAUGUCUCUUCCCAAGUCUGCGGCGGAGGCGGCAAAGAUGCUCUUUCGUCGUGUUCACGACGAGAAGAUCAUGCGCGGGCGUCGUACCGAGGCUAUCAUUGCCGCGGUCCUCUUCGUUGCGUGCAAGCAGGCCGGCCAUCCGCGUACUUUGGCAGAGAUCCAGCGAGUGACCAAUGUCAACAAGAAGCAGAUCGCCGACUGCUUCAAGGAGCUGCAGGCUACAUUCGAUUUGGGAGCCAGUAAUGCUCGACCGGAAGGAGGCACAGGAGGAGUGGCGGCCACGUCCGCUGUGGACCUCAUCAAUCGCUUCUGUAACCUGCUGGGCCUGGAGCGCAUCGUCGUCCGCUCCACUGAAGAGCUGGUGGACAUCAUCAAGACCAAGGGCUUCCUCGAUGGCCGAUCUCCCGUCACAGUGGCGGCAGCCUGUAUUUACCUUGCCACCACCAUUUGGGGCCUCACGAAUGUCACGCCGCAGAAGAUUGCGGAGGCUACUGGCGUGAGCCCGGUGACGAUCAAGGGUGGUUACCGUGACUUGAUCAAGGUCAAGGAUCAAAUUCUUACGCCCGAGAUAGUGGGCAAGAGCGAGAGGAUUGAUGCCAGUAGGGCGACGGCUUAGCGUCAUCAAUGGGGAAGGAGGAGGGGAAGCCGCAUGUGCCUUUAUUUACGUUUCGCUGUAACAUCAUCAUCACCAUAUCGCUACCGCUGCCAUUUCAAUACAAGCAUAGUCCACGACAG